AUGAUCUCGUUUAUAAAUUUAAAACAACUAUUGUUCGAAAAGGCUCUCUUCUCUACCGAGGUAUUUGGACGUGGAAGGAAAGGUCGGCGAUUGGAAUUCAAAGAGGCAUGGCAGGUGAUAGCAAUCUUCCUAGCUCAUGACCCCGAGCAACUGCGGUCUUUCGACAUCGCCGUGAUGCAGGUGGGAGGAUCACAUGACGCAUCCGGGGCAAUUUUCGGCAACAAAAGGAAACGGCAAAUGUCAGGACUGGCAGAAAUUGAAGAUGUUGCGUUUAAGGAUAAGUUGACCAAUCUUACCUUUCUUCUUCUUGGAGAACCUCAUGGACCAAGACCUCUUGAAGGACUUCUCCUCCCUGAUGUCCUCAUCCUGGCAGACCGUGAGGCUGCUGGGAUAAGCGUUCGUCCCGAGGCUGGACUUCGAGCCGAAGAGGGCUGCCAAGCGCUUCAUCUUACCCACCAUACUUCACCGAAAAGGAGGUACUUAAACAUCAAGCACUGUCAUCACCGGUACCUUCAAGUAUGCGGAGGACUUUCCUAA